UUCCAACGGCUACACCAUUAACUUUGAAUCAAGGAGGCAAAAGAUACAGAUUCAUUUUUCGUUCAAAACCUAGCAACAACAUCGCUUCCAAUAUCUUCAUAAUUUUCAACUAACUGAAGUGAUCCCAACCAAAAACCCUAAUUCGAACCCUUUUAGUUUCACCCAAUUCAACUAAUUCUUUUGAACCUUUGUUUUUUUCUUUCUCACCCAAAUCGAAGUUCCGAAUUUGAAAUUCAUCAUCCCCAAAAAAUGGGAAAUCCUCCUCGUGAAAUCGACGAUUACAUCUUCAAACAACGCAAGCUUCAUGAAUCCCAAGAAUCACAAAAAUACCUUCGUGAACAAAACCUUUCUCUUCUCCUCCAAUUGAACCAGAAAGACCAACUCCUUCAACUCCACAAGUCUGAAGCGGAUAUGAAUGCACGAGCAUUGAAGAAGUUUGAUUUGGAGAAUCAGAGACUUGCGUCGGCGUGUCAGAAAUUGUUGGAUGAAGGGCAGAAUUUGGAAAAGGAAAUUGCGUUGUAUGAACAUGAUAGGGAAGCGUUGAUGGAAUUUGGGAACGAAGCUGAUGAACGAGAACGACAAGCUCAGUCACGUGUUUUGGAAUUGGAAAGGAAUUUGCUCUUGUUGAUGGGUCAAUUGAAGAAAUACAAGCAUCAAAACAAUUCAAUGGUUGGUUCUUCUACAUGCACAGUUGGGGAAAAGAAUUUACUUGACUCUCUUUUGGCAACACUUACUAACAAAGAUGAUGAUUCUACAUAUGCAUUUCUGGAAUCAAAUAUUGAAAAUGAGUCAUGUAAAAGGUUGCUGAGUAUGUGGAACUGCUUAGAGCCAUCGGUUCAUAGAGUUUUGUCUCUAGUUGCCAAAAUCAAGUCGCUUGAGAAAGAUAAGGAGCAUCUAAGAAUUAACCUUCACAAAGCUGAGGAGGAGGUCAAAUUACUGUUUGAUGAAAACAGUAUAGUGGACAAGGCGAACAAAAGGAUAUCGAAGAAAUGCAAGGAAAGGAAUGACCCCAGUUCAGGCGAGAAACAUACCAGCAGCCCGUCUUCCAAGUCAAACAAGAGAAAGUCUAGUCCCAAAACAAGUAGCCCAGUGGAGCAGAAGGAAAGGAACCACCCCAACUCCAGCGAGAAACAUACCAGCAGCCGAUCUGCCAAGUCAAACAAGAGAACGUCUAGUCCAAGAACAAGUAGCUCAGUGGAGAGGAAGAUUGAUUUUGACGAUCAAGAUUCAGAAAGACAACCAUUAUCACCCUUACGAUAUAACUCCACAGACUGUAGAAUACGCAAGCAAUAAUUUGAGGCUAAUGUACAAUAUAAUAUGAGUUAGAUCUGUUCUUCAGUACAGUGUUUCCAAUUAACACAUGUGUUGAUUAAUCAUAGGUUAACAUGUCUGUUGCUCCAAAGAACUUAUAUUGAUAGUGCUUUUAUGGAAUAGAAGCUGUCCUACAAAUAACAUGUCUAUGUUAUUGCAGAAA